AUGGCUUUACCAGACCCAGGGACGAGCAGCAGCAGUGAUAAUAGACCAAGCACGGCCAUUGGCCCUGCGCAAAAACAUAUAAACGUGGGGACCAUUGCACUUCCUGGUUCCCAACCUGAUUCUGAAUUUCCCGUCAAUCCAUUAGCCUUGUCGCUGAGCCUUGGUAUCGUUCAGCGGCCUCCGGCCCCGCAGCCCCCGCCAGCUGCUUUUCCCGCGCAUACAUCCACCAAUAUGGGUGGAGAUGCACGAGCAUCCUCCUCUCGGAGUGUAGAGCCGCUACCACCCAGAAGACCACCCAAGCCGAAGAAGAAGUCGAAAAAAUCUUCUUCGGGGCGUUCGAGCAAGGAAUCCACCCCACAACCUCGCAUGCCCGAAUUCACCCUUCCAGAACCAGGCGCACCUCUGCCAUCCAACUUCCUCCGCAAUCAAGAAAACCUCCUUGGAAUGGCAGGGAAAGUCGCAGGCGUUAACCCAUCGACUCUGACACAUACGAAUCCAAAUCCUCAUUCGAAUGCACAUGCGCGAGGAUCGACGCCUUCCAAUCCCAUUCUUGUCGACGAUGAAGAUGACACGCCGAUAUUGGGGCGACGUCGCCCUCCUUUUGCCCCGGGUUUCACCGGUCCCACUCCAAAAAGCCAGCCUUACAUCGACCCUGCGCUUCUUACAGCGCCUACAAAUCAAGAAAUCGUUUCUGUUCUCAUCGGCCAAAAGGACAUUUUCCCAAUCCUUGAAGGGGUGCUGAAGCUUGUGGUAGGAAAUGUGCCUGGGGGAAAGGAAGCUGCGGAGAAGCAAAAGUCGACGGGUUUUAGGAGAUCUGGUCCUCUACCUGUACAACAACAGCACUAUCAAACGCAUGCACAUAUUCCUGUCCAAUCUCCAUCCUCUUCGACUACAUCAACUUCAUCCACCCCCACAUCGAAUCAGCCAAACCCUGCACCCCCAAAAAAACGACGUAAACUCUCUCGUGUGCCUGCGGGCGCUACUGACUGGGAUGUACCGUACCCUUUCGAACAGGGAGAGGGUCCUGAGGAGUAUCACACCACCUGGGAACGAGAGCGCGGGAAACAGUUGAUCAGCCAGUUAAUCAAGUUGAUCAAAACUGCGGCGAGGAAAGCAGCGACGAAGAAGUAUUUGAGUCAAAAAGAGAAGGAAGAAAAGGAGAGGAAAAGGCGAGAGGAGGAGGAAAAUAAGCAGCGGAAGAGAGAUGUGUAUUAUAGGGUGGAUGGGUCUGCUGUUCAGACGCAAUCCCAGGUUCAUGGACAAGCACAAAGUAUGACACAUGGUCAGGUUUAUGAUGUGCUGCAGGACACCAGCAAUGGGGCGGUAGGACAUCAUGAUCUUUCUGCCACCUCGACGGCCAAUACUAGCGCAUAUAUGCACUCUAUCAAUACAGAUCAGCCCAUCCUAUCACUGGAGGAGCUCUUGGGCCCUUCUUCUACCUCCACCACAACAUUGAAUCCCUCAAUGGAUUUUUCUUUUUUGAACAGCUACCCAGGCGGAUCAUCUUCCCUAGGAUCGUUGGAGGCCUUCAAUAAUCUAGUCGGAUCGACUUCUUCUUCCACGGACACCAAUCAAAACGCCCCAACAGUUUCUACCGCAUCUGCAUUGGCAGGAACAAACUCAGAGACAACCCCUACAAUGGACCAAGCCGCCUUCGACUCUUGGAUGAAUUUUCUUGUGGACACCUUCCCAACGUCAUUUGACGCCAAUAACAAUGGCUCUGCGGUUCCAAACACCACCUCACAUUUAAAUCUCAAUUCAAAUGAAAAUACUCCUCCAACUUUCAACCCAAACGGGAGUGCGUCUCAAACCUUUGACAUCUUGAAUCCUAGUCUUAAUCCAUCUAAUGCGACAUCUCACGUCUCAACUCCCGGCCCAGAUGACUUUUCUUUUGCCAGCUUGUUUGGUGCUCAGGGAAAUACAACUACGGGUGGAAAUGGGAAUGCAGUGAUAGCAGAUUAUGAUUUCGCCGCAAUGUUGGCUGCUAUCAUGAGCCCGCCACCAACUGCGGCUACGACCGAGCCAACCUCCAGCACACCAAGUUCUGUCAGUACGACAGCGAAAGGGAAUACCACCUCCAGUGACGCCACAUCUUCAACCCUAGGAGAUGAUAUGAUAGAUCCUACCUUGCUUGCUCUGUCGCUUCCUUCCACUGCGCUUCCAAACGUGACCGCGGAUGCGAAUAAGGGCCUGAAUUUGAAUACGAACAUGAAUGUUGAUACGAGCGCUCCUCUGCUAUCAUUGCCAUCGUCGUCCUCUGUUAGUUCUUCCGUGUCGUCGAGUUCUGGUGUUUCGGCAUCGGCAUCUGGAUCAGGCUCGAUUUCAGGUAACGAUCCAGCGACGCCUACGUCUGCUGGUUGGGAUAUGUCCAUGCCUGAAGUUCAUAUGGGUGUGGUUGGGGAUGGGAGUGGGGCAGGGACGCAGGAAGGACAUGGACAAGGUAUGUGGCGAGAUUUGAUGUGGGGUGAUUUUACGGAGGUAGCUCAUUUGCAAUUAAUGGAAUCGGUAGAUUGGUCGCGGUUGUGUGCCAUUGGAAAUGAUGCUCCUGCUGCUGCGAUGAAUGUUGAUGAUGGGGAAAACGAUUUCGGAUUUUUGCCUGAUGUCGAUGAAGGGGAUAGUACGAGGCAUACGUCGGUGAUUCCUCUGGCGGAUAAAGGGAAGGGUAAAGCUGUCGACCUUGAUCCUACAUGGACCCCCGUGUCGACAUUGACGCCUUUAUCGACCAAUCCAAAUACGCGUACGAGUACGCCUGCUCCUCCCAACCUUCCUUCAACAACAGCAUCGGCAUCCACAUCGACAGAUGCCCAAGCAGCCCUUCGCUCUCUCCUCAGUGGCCCAAGUUAUUCUUCCUCUUCUUGCGUAGUCAACAAGUUGGCACCGGCUUCAGCUGACGCGUCCUUUACCCCGUCUGCUACCGUAUCGGCCCUUGAGGCCUCACGUCUCAAACGUAAAGCUAGAAAAGACGAUAUCAUCGGACGCGCUCAGGAAAAGAAAAGACAACUGCAGGAAGAACUAAAUAAAGUUAAGAUAAAACUUUGGGAAACGACGAUUGAGCAAGCUGCAUUGGUGCAUUUGGCGCGAAUAGUCGACGAGGAUGAAAAGGAAAAGGAGAGACGGCGUCACGCUGAAGGCGCGACAGAUGCUGGUGCGGGCGGCGAACGACCUGUGGAGGUUAUGUCUGUAGAUACGGGGGCCUAA